AUGAUAGUUGCUCAAAUAACCCUGGCGGUGGUGGCGACGCAGGUGAAGGCCGACCAUCUGACUGCCCCACAUGACCCUUACUACGCCUAUGACCCCAUACCCCACCAUUCCACCUACCCCCGUAAACUGUACUACUCCACCCCAGCAGCUCAUCACACUCCUCCACCACCACCACCACAGUACCACGAACAACCCGUAUAUGAGGAGUCAAAGAAGUCGUCGGAGUUUCAGUACAGCGUGAAGGACACCUACCACGGCACCGAGUACUCCAGGCAUGAGUCAAGUGACGCUACAGGGACCAAGGGACAGUACCAGGUUCAGCUUCCUGACGGUCGGUUACAGACAGUAAUAUACCACGCUGACGAGGAUGGAUUUCACGCUGAGGUUCUGUACGACAGAGAACCCCACCACCCAGAACCCCAGCCGGACUACUACACCACACCCAAGCCUCUGUACCACUCCACACCCGGGCCCGUGUACACCUCAACUACUGGGCCAGUUUACCACUCCACACCCAAGUCAGUGUACCGCACAACUUCCAAGCCAGUGUACCAUUCUACACCCAAGGCUGUACACCACACUACGUCCAAGACAGUUUACCAUACUACAUCCAAGCCUGUCUAUCACUCUACACCUCGGCCAGUUUAUCAUUCCACUCCUAAACCUGUUUAUGACGUAACUCCUAAACCGGUGCACUAUUCCACGCAGGACCCCCUCUACCAUACUACGCCCAAUUCCAUUUUUUAUUCGACCUCUGAGGCGGUGUACGAAUCCACACCCGAGCCCCCUUACCACACCACCUCUGCCCCCGCGUACCACUUCGAGGAAGCAGAUUAUAGACCUCUAGAAGGUGAACACGGAGAAGAGGCAGAGUAUUCACCUCACGAUGUCGUAGUGUACUCAGACUCCCCAGCCCCGAGUCGUCAAGGAAUAAGACCUGAUUAUAAGACAACCACUGUCUUUAAGCCCUCCAGGCGUACCAAUGGCUUCACCCGGGUAUUAUUUCAGCCGUCUUACGAGCUAACGCAGCUCUCAGCUGAACCAGAUGUUUUCAAACCUGUAUUCCCUCCACCUCAACCUUCUCAUCGGGUCGCUCACACAACACAAGAGGUGUACGAGGGAAGCAGAACGUCUAAGCCUGUCUACGACUACGAGAUAAACCGCCUCUCUACCCAGCACAAUACUCCAGUGUCCUUCAUACUUGCUGAAGACCACGAGACAGACUCUGUAGAUGCGCCUCAUCCCCAGUCUCUUAAAGUCUCACACACUCACCCCUCAGCAGGGAAGUCUAUCAACAUUCACUCCCAACCUGUACAUGAUGACUCUGCUUCCUUCAUCACAACAGAAGAACACUCAGUCGUCUCCCAUCAUGUUCCGGCACAGCACCCAGACCUUAAUCCAAAACCCAUCAUCACCCCACACGCCCACGCCACGCCCACCGAUACUCAUCUGAGUCUACGUCUCAAUGUGGACGAGCCGCUCUUCCGCUCUGACACGCGGCCUCUCACACCAGCGCCCAGGAUCACCUUCGAGGACUCCAGCGUCCAACCUCUGCACCACCUGUAGACUAACCCAAAGACGCCUCCCAAGGGCCGACUGACGGAAUUACUCUCUCCGUGAUGUAACAUAACGGAGAGAGAAUAUCACUGAUGUCUAUAGAAGUUUAAAUUGCUUGUCAGUAUAACCAGAGGAGAGAAAAAGUCCGUCACUUAAACUUCAUCAAUGUUUGCCACCUGUUCAGAUAUUCUCGAGAUACAACAAUUAAAUUUUUUUUGUAUCAUGAUAUGCAUUUUACAAGUUUACCAGCUGGGUACCGUAAUCGAAAUUAAUGUAGCACAUACAACUUUAACCACACCUGAUGAACGGUUCACUUGUUAGUUGUUAAAUCGGCCUGUGGUUAAGUUAGUAUGUCCGGGUCGAAGGUCAGCAUUGUUCCAGUGCUCUUGGUGUGGCUGGUCUGUGUCCAUUCUGUUAGUUCAUCGACUAUCUCCGAGUUAAAUUAGUUUAUUUUCCGUAAUUACUCUGACUGGUUCGUUUUCGACUAAUUCUCGACCCUAUAGUUCACAUUAUGUAAUUAAAUGUUCUUCUGCACCUACUGUAGCUGCUGUGGCGUCACGAGGAAGCUGCUUGGGUAGAUACAAAGUUUAUCACUGUUCUUUUUGGUCAGUAUAAUGUUUUUGUGCCAUCAUUGGUGUUACCUACUGG